AUGACCGUAAUUUCGCAUAUAUUUCUUCCAUCUCGCCCAUCUCGCAUCUAUCUCACAUCCUUUUUGGUUGUAGGCAGUAUGACGAUAUUUAGUUGUUUGAUGGUUGCUAGUAUCCUUUUACGCGAUAUCAAUAUGUUACAUGAUGAUUUCAUGCGAGACAUGGAUGAGUUUAAGUUGUUAAUGGCUGAUAGUUGGAAAGAGAUGUUAGCAAUUCAGACCGCAAUGCCUUAUGCAAAAUCCGUUCCCUCAACUUAUAGGGAGAAACGUAAUUCGCCUUGUACUAGAACAAUUGGUUGCAAGUUGAAAUGUCUACCUGGUCCACCUGGUCCACCAGGACAGCGUGGUAGAAAAGGUGGGAAUGGUUUACCUGGCUUACCAGGUAAGCCUGGAAAGGAUGGAGAUCUGCUAGAUUCAGAUAAGAAACGAUGUAUACAAUGUAUUAGUGGCCCUCGCGGACCUCAAGGAAUUGAUGGAGCAGCUGGAAUGCGCGGCUCUGAUGGUCAACCAGGGAAACAAGGCUUACCAGGAAAAGAUGGGAUCAUUGGCAAGCAAGGAGAACAAGGAGAUUUGGGACCUACUGGUCUACCGGGAAAGAAAGGAUUGAGAGGAGUGCUUGGCGACAAUGCAAAAAAGAACAAAAAUGCUCGUGGAGGUAAAGGAAUACAGGGAGUACCAGGACCUACUGGUGAUCCUGGCGCAAAUGGACCACCGGGAUGGGCUGGAAAACAAGGAUCACAGGGAACGAUUGGAGCGAAUGGACAACCAGGAAAAAAGGGUCGUGAUGGAGUUGCUGGUUUUGCUGGCAAUGAAGGUAUCCCUGGAGUUGAUGCUGCUUAUUGCCAAUGCCCAAAAAGAAACAAAUUUCUCACUCAUACAAGGAAACCCAGAAAGCUUCGGCUUGUCCUAACCUAA